UCACUUAGAGCCCAUGGCAAGUCAGAACCGACUGUGAUCAGCGAGGAACUACUCACUUAUGCUGUAUUUGCUCAAGGUCCCACAGGAGAAGCAGGUAGAAUCGCAGAAACAGAAGGAAUUGCUUUUGAUUCCGUCAAGAGACUGGAACUUUCCUAUAAAAACGUUCUUAAAAUUACUGGACUCAGCCAGUUUUGCAAUCUAACGGAAUUGUUGCUCGAUAAUAAUAUAAUUGAGAAAAUGGAAGGUCUGGACCAACUUGUGAAUUUGAAACGAUUAGGUGAGUUUGUCCUCAAAUUCCAAAUAUCUGCAAUACGAUCCAUCAAUUUAGACCUCUCGUUUAACAGUAUUCAUCGAAUUGAGAACCUGGAGAAUUUGGCUCAUUUGGAAGAUUUGAGUCUAUUUCACAACUCUAUCGAGAAAAUUGAAAAUAUGGAUAUGAAUGGAAAGUUGCGGUAUUUAUCCCUUGGACACAACGGGAUUGAUAAUCUGGAAAAUAUUCUAUACCUUCGAAAAUUGAAGAAUUUGGACUGUCUCACACUUCAGGACAAUCCAGUUACUGAAGAACCGGAAUACAAUAAGUUUAUUUAUGCAUUCCUUCCCAAUCUCAAGUAUCUUGAUCACAAGAAAAUAACACCGGAGAAUAAAGCGGAGGCCUAUGAAAGUUACUCUAUUGCUGUUGAAAAGCUGAUUCAUCAUGAACUAAAUGUUGAAGUGGAAGAAAAACAAGAGGAGGAACGUCAGAAUUAUAUGAAAAUCUACAAAGCCGCAUUUAUAGAUCGUAUAUACGGAGAUACCCUCUUUGAGGUUAUGUUCGAAAAGGAUACUGAUGGGAAACAGCUGUUUCAAUUACCCUUACUACAAGAGAUCGUCGAUCAAUACAAAGAGAAAUUUGUAGAGGAAUGCGCAAAGCUAUUUCAAUCCGGUCUGAGUGCAUAUUACGACCGUCAAAGUGAAGAGGAGGCCCUUAGAGAAAGCAUCAAAUGUGCAAAACAGGAAACUAAAGACCAGGCCCUUGUCCUCAUUGAAGCUUAUGAGGUUAAAAAGACGGCGAUAUUCAAGAAAUUGAAUGAGUUGGAAACUGAGGACUAUGUGGAUUUCGCUGAACCUCAUCUUUCUAAAAUCCGUCAAUGUAUUCAUGAACUAUGGAACGAUCUUAUGACUAAUGAAAUGAUGUUUAUGGAUCAAACUGAAGAAGUCAUCAAUGAAUUCGAACGAAAUCUCGAGGAGAAAGUGGCGGCAUUUAUCGAAACAAUUCAAGCUGGCUUUGCAAAACUUCGGGAUGCGGUUGAGUUAUUCAAUGAAAGGCUCUCAGAAAUGGCACUUUUAUAUACAGAAAAGUCAUCCAAGUCAGAAGUACCCCGUGAUCAAAGUUACGCAAUAUUUGCCGAUCGAGAAAAUGUUCUUAAUGCCUUGUGUAACUCGAAGGAAGCUCACUUGAAUGUGAUCGACUCUGCUGAAGAAAGAAUCGUUAAAUCUACUCGAGUGUGGUUUGAUGAGUUAAUGACAAAUUUGCACGGGAAGGAAGAAAAAGAGCGUCACAAAAAUCGAGUGGUUGAGAUUAAUUUGUAUAUUGAUGCACAAAGAGUUGACCUGGAAUCUCUUGAUCUGGCGCUAUUAUAA